AUGCGCCGAUUCUUCAAGGCAAAUAACUUCAUCGGAACGCUACGUUUCAUGUACUACAUUGCAAAAGUUUUCGGACUUAUUUCGUUUACUGCAUCGUUCGAGGUGGCCGCCAUUCGGCGCAGUUUUAAGGACGUGCUCGUGUUUGUUGCGUUUAUGUUUUUCAACAGUUUUCUAGUCUUUAAGUCGGGCAUUCCCCCACAAAGGGACAGUCCUGCAUACUUUAACUCUUCGCUCAUCGAAUUCAUCCUCAGCUUGUUUCUCACGCUUCAGUUAGUUGCAUUGCUCGGCAUUCCGAUAGCGAACUAUGUCCAGGCCUACAAGUACCAUAACAUGAUUGAACUCAUCAUGGAGGUGGACAUGGGAUUGGAGCGACUUGGCUGCGUACACGACUACAGCGCAGAGUAUUUCCUGAGUACAAUGUAUAUAAUCAUUUCGCUGGUUCUGCAGUUAAGUUGUCUUACGGGAACGGCCUUUACAAAUCCUUUCCUGGUUGAUUUUGAUACCGGCACCAAUUUCUCAUCGCUGGUGAGUUUUGUCAUGUGCAAUUUAGUGUACAUCAUGACCAGCUGCUUUUGCUGUGUAUCUCUUUGGGCAAUGGUGCAUCGGUAUCACAAAAUUAAUGCUACCUUUUGCUUGUACUUUCAUACCGAUGUGCAGUCGAAGAAUCGGCUACUACCAUUGUCCGAAAAGGAAACUAUCAAAUCCAUCGCGAUGCUGUACAUGAAGCUCGGAAAUGCUGUGCAAAUAUUCAAUCGAUGCUUCUUCAUUCACAUGUUCUACAUCAUUGCCAGUGCUUUUGGUCUUAAUUUAGUAUCCGUUUUUACCAUUGCGCACGUAUAUUUAGCUGGCAACAACUAUGAUCACAUCGAUCCGAUCAUGAUUUCUCAACUCUUUCUUAGCGCUUUCUUUAUACUUAUUAUUCUACAAGUCAUGUUUGCCGGGAACUUAAUGCACAAAAAGGCAAAGCAAACAGCAAUAUUACUACACAAAGCAGUAAUCUACAAUGAUUGUAGCUCAAUCAUCAUAGAGCAACUUCGAUCAUUCUCCAUCCAACUAUCUCACGACAUACCAAAAGCUUCUUGCUAUUUCUAUGACAUUGACUGGAGUUUUCUACUUACGAUGAUUUCCUCGUUUGCUACAUACCUCAACAUACUUGUGCAAUUCGACAUCAUGCAGUUACGAACCUCUAAUUUAAUGAAUAAUAGCUCUCUGAUAGUGCUUUGA